CGCCGCACACGCACAAGUUUGACAGCUCAGCUCUCGAGCCGCAUUGGCCGUAGGCGUACGGCUGCGCUAUUCCUUCAACCUCGCGUCUUGUAAAACUGUUUUCAUAAUUUUUUGGAAUAUCCUAACCGAGGUACACUUGCACUCUUGUAUUAUGUAGGAAUUGAUCCCGCUGUGAAGACUUGGAUAUACACUCAGACUCGUUUCGUUGCAGUUGUCUUGCAGUGAAAUCCCUCGUUUGUGCCAUUUGAAAUUCGGCUCCACAACGGAUAUAAGUAUGUCUAGGGACCCAGAAGAAGUUAGUAAGCUGACCGAAAGUACCUACAAGAAUGUCAUGGAACAGUUCAACCCCGGGUUGCGGAACCUGGUCACCCUGGGAAAGAACUACGAGAAGGCAGUGGCUGCGAUGUGUCUCGCUGGGAAGGUGUACUUUGAUGCCGUUUCGAAGAUCGGGGAAAACGCCGCAGUGUCACCGGUCUCCCGAGAGCUGGGUGUGGUGCUGAUGGAGAUCUCCGAGGUGCACAAGAAAAUUCACACUGAACUGGAGGAGAAUUAUAAAAGAUUUCAUAAAGAGAUCAUCAUGGAGCUGGAGAAGAAGACAGACAUGGAUGUCAAAUAUAUGAAUGCUACGUUUAAGAGGUACCAGACGGAACACAAACUAAAGCAGGACUCCCUGGAGAAGUCACAGGCAGACCUCAGGAAGCUGAGGAGGAAGAGCCAGGGGAAGAACAGCAGCAAGUAUGAGAGCAGAGAGAGCGAGUACCUUGAGACACUCUCAUCCCGGCAAGUGGAGAUGCAGAAGUUCGUCGCCGAGGGCUGCCGGGAGGCCCUGGUUGAGGAGAAGAGGAGGUUCUGCUUCCUGGUGGACAAGCACUGUGGAUUUUCCUAUCAGAUUGCUGCCUUCCAUGACAAGGCUAAGGAGAUGAUGAGUGUGAAGCUGUCCAACUGGGAGGACAAGUGUGGUGAUGCCACCAGUGUGCCUGAAAGCAUUGUAUCCAUGAUCGAAGGCCUGAAGACCCCGGUGUCUGUCACCCCCCAACCAUCUCCCCCCACCGGGCAACACUCUAGGAACAAUUCGGACUCCGUGAACCCGCCCCCGGCCCCACCCCUCAAAGCCCACAGCAGCCCCCUGGUCAGCAUGUUCAGCCAAGAUGUGCCCACAAGCCCCGUCAUGGCUGACCACACUUCAGAGGUUGCACAUCCAAACGGAUCCAUUGCAGAUCACAGCAGCAACGAGGAGAGCGGUAUGUCCAGGUCUGUUUCUGUCUCUUCGGGGCUGAACACGGUCAAGAAGCCCAAGGUCCGCACCAUCUUCCCCCACACGGCUGGGAACAACAACACCCUGCUAAGCUUUGACGAGGGAGAUAUUCUCACCCUACUCAUCCCUGAUGAGCGGGAUGGCUGGCUGUAUGGAGAGCUGGACAGGACUAGACAGAGAGGCUGGUUUCCAUCGUCCUACUGCCGUUUGUACACAGAACCAGCAGCAAACAGCAGAGAGGGGACGCCGGAGCACAGCAAGAGCAUUAUCAACCUCACAGAGCAGGGGCCAGAAGAGGAAGAGGUAGAGGACCAGACGGACGUGUUGCUGCCCCCACCAGACUAUGUGGACUCCCCCACGAGCAGUGUCGCCAGCCUGCCCCUCAGUCCCUCCCCCGAGAACUCGGCACCUCAAGCAAAUGGAACCCCAAAGCUUCCCUUCCUGGGGGGAGGGAAUCCAUUUGUCGGAGUGAAACUGCGGCCCACGGUCACCAACGACAGAUCGGCCCCCAUCAUCUAACGGACGGGAGAGAGUAAGCCGCCACUGCUGGCUCCAGGGGCUGAAUCCAACAACCUACUGCUCCAGGGUCUCAACCCAAUCCCCAUCUCCUCAGUCCAUCUCCGAUCUGCAGCGUGAACCUCACAACUUCUCCUUUUUAUAAGUGCAGCCGUGAAAAUGCUUUCACGCAGUACUGUAUGACGGCAAGAUGUGGGCGAGUUUUAAAAAAAAGGCCAAAGUGGACAGGAUUGGAUAGCUCUCCCCCUCUAGAUGCCAAGUUUAUUUAAAUAACUAUGUCUUAAAUGUGCUGCUGCACAGACUCACAUUGAGAUGGCAAGACAGAUUAUUUAUAUGCAAAUGCUCACAUAUAUUUUUAAGACUUUUCGUUUGUGAAUACACACAAGCCUCUCCUCAU